AUGGCUAAACAAGCUGAGAAAAGGUCUAUUGAUCGCAGAUUUGUUUACUGUCUGCGGUGCCAAAAGCCACAGGACAAGUUGACUAUACACCUGGCCAGGGUCUGUAUGAAAAACAGCACACCAAAAGAAAGAGCGUCUGAGGUGCAGAAGGCCAAGGAUUCCACCAAGAAUUGGACCCGGACCAGGAAUUGGGAUUACAACCGUAUCUGUGAGAUGCUGCCCCACCUGGGAUGUCGUUCAGCCCUGGUGAAGGAGCUUCUUGGGAUGGAGUACUUCAUCAGAAACAUGCCCCCCAAGACAAUGGCCGUAGACUCUGCAGGUGACGGCACCUCAGCAACUGCCACCAGAUGCGUUGGCACCUCAGCAACUGCCAACAAAUGCGUUGGCACGUCGGAUGAGAGGACAGGAGACCCUUCCUGGCAAAACGUACGGGUGAAAAUGCAAAAGGCGGGUCUAUAUUCAAAGUUUCCAGAGGAUGCCACUCUCAUUUCGGACUUCAAAAUGUACCUCACGGACAGUCUCAGUGUCUCCAACUGCCAACAGGAGGUUGACAACGUGUCACGCUUCCUGCGCUAUUUGCAGCCUAGGGGGGAUGAGCCAAAUCUGGACUUCCUCAAGAAGAGCAUAGAAACACGAGAUUACUUGACAAGACUACGACAGACAGACAUGAGCACAGCCACCAUUCUGAACUACAUCAAGAACAUGAUACGGUUCGUAGACUUCCUGAAGACAAAGCUGGAUCUGGGAAAGGAAGGCACAGAUCUCAACUCCAUGUGCCAAGGGUACAAGGAGCUGCUGCAGACACUGAGGAAGCCGGUUGCCAAGGUUCAUUCACAGGCAGUGGUCACCAUGAAUAUUAUUGAAACAUCGAUGCCAUGCCAUCGAUUAUCCGAUGGCAUGCGCAGCGUUGCAGAUUGCCAGGAUAUUUUGAAGGUUGCAAAGGCAGACUUCCUGAAAAUCUUCAAGAAGUUAAUGGAUGAAUCCGAUGUCUCUGAAGUUGAAAAGACGUCAUUCCGCUAUUACUGUGAAGCGGUCAUGGUGUUGCGUCACUUUCAGCUCCCAGGAGCUGUGGAGGGCAUGACUGUGACAGAGUGGAAGAGUAGAAAGCAUGUUGGUAGCAGGGCUGUGUUUGGCAUCCACCACCACAGAACAACAGCACAACCAAUCGUCACAAUUGCCUUGGCACUGGAGGAGGAAGCUUGGUUACAGGCGUACUACGAGGAAAUUCGCCCUGGAUACCUCAAGGAUAGUUGCAACAAGUUUUUCAUUUCAUCCAAUGGCAAACCGGUUCACAGGGUCACAAACGACGUCUCUCGACUCCAUGAAAGCUACAAACUCCAACCUGUCGGUAGUAUUGAGGUCCGAAGGGCUGCUGAGGCAAUGGCAACAGCAACAUUUAUGAAGAGCCAAAAGGAGGAUGUGGCACUUGAUAUAGUCCACAACAGUUUUCUGGCCAACAAGUUUCAUCAAAUGCGAUUGCCGCAGGUUAUAUUGGCCAGAGGUAUAAUGCUGGAAUCCUUGAAUGAGUAA